AAGCACACAAGCAAAGGUGAGUGGUGGCUUUGUUCCAUAAUAUCAAAAUAGAUUAGAUUAAUUAUGUCUGUUAAUUUCGAUCGGAGAUUAAUUCACCUUUUGCAUGGCAUUCUUAAGCUCAAAAUUGAUAAUGGCAUUUUAGAUUGACAAGCAAUUUGUGUUUAUUUUUUUCAUUUCAGUCCAUCUAGUAGAGUAGAGUAGAGUGAGAGAAUCAAGGAACUCAACUUUGAAUUUGAAGUAUAACAACACUUAAUUUUCAGAAUUCUUAUUCACUCAUUUGUUUUGUAAAAUAAAAAAAUAAAAAAAAGAUUAUGUAUGUUUAUAAAUGCGUGUAUUGAUUUUAAGAAGAACCUGAUAUGUUUGAUUGACGUGUUUAGUGAUCAUUCAUCGUCAUCAUCAGCAUGAGAAUGUUGCCUGUUUGCUCAGCCACCCCGAGCUAUUCCUCAUCUUCUUCCCAGAUUCCCUUGUUUGGGGGAUUGCACCCCCUUUACCCAACUCGAAAGGAUCUUGAGAGCAGAUGUGUGGCAGAAGAAGGUUUACAUCUGGGUUUGCAACAUGGAACUCACUCCCUGAGAAAUUCAUUUAAAGCACAAGCUACAAAGGCUGUUUCACUCUCACCAGUGACAACAGAUUCGUAUCAUUCACUGAGUAAUGGAGAACUCAGAUGCACAGAAAGUUAUAAUUUAUCUAUUGUGCCAGAGGAAUUGGUGGACUUUGCAGAACAGUCAACUGAAGGAUCUAAUACAUUAGUGGCACCAGCACAACCAGGAACACUGUCUAGUACUGAUAUAAUACCAGAGAAAUUUGCACCUGUACCUAGUUCAGUUAACGUGGACGAUGAAUCGUUAGCCAGUACAAAAGCAAGUGUCGGUGACGUUUUUGCUGGGGUCAAUGAGUCAUUCAAUGCCUCAAUUAAUAAAGGAGAAAAUGCUUUACGAAGCUCACUGGAUACAGCCACUUCUUUUAUAGAUUCUAUAGUAAAAAAUGCUACUAAAUCUGCAGAUAAUGCUUUCGGUAAGGCAUUUUCUGCUGUUGAUCAGACAGGAGAAUUAGCAAAUAAGAAAUUUACUAGCUUUUCCAGUGAGCUAAGUGGAAUGACAAAUAAAGCACCUGCUGCGGCUAUUGAUGUGUUGCGCCACACAAUCAUAACAGUAGAGAGUUCUCUAGCAAGUGGGGUUUCAUAUGUUGUCUACCUAUAUGGGUCAGCCAAGGAGCUCCUUCCUGCUGGGAUUAGGGAUACAGUCAAUGUAUAUGAAGAUAAAGCAACAGAAAUCUUGAGUCCUAUAGGGUCUGCAUCUCAAAAGAUAUACAUGUCUGUAUAUUCAUUGGAGAAAAGUCUUGGCUUGGACCCAAAUGAACCAAUCAUUCCGUUUGUUGUUUUUUUGGGCUCUUCAGCUACGUUCUGGGCUAUUUAUUGGCUGUGGACAUAUGGAGGUUACUCAGGAGAUCUAUCCCCUAAAUCAGCUUUGGAGCUUUUAGCUGGGGACACAAAUGCUGCACUUAUAGAUGUUCGCACUGAGGAUUUACGAGAAAAAGAUGGUAUUCCUGAUCUUCGACGGUCUGCUCGGUUUCGAUAUGCAUGUAUAACUCCACUUGAGGUUGAUGGCUCAAUGCGCAAGUUGUUGCAGAGUGGUAGAGACCUCGAUGACUCCUUGAUCGCUGUUAUCAUUCGAAAUUUGAAGAUUGUUAAGGACAGUUCCAGGGUUAUAGUGUUGGAUGCUGAUGGUACUCGUUCUAAAGGCAUUGCAAGAUCCUUGAGGAAAAUUGGCAUCAAGAAUCCAUACUUGGUUCAAGGUGGCUUUCAGUCUUGGAUGAAACAAGGUCUCCGCAUCAAGGAACUCAAACCUGAGACAGCACUUUCCAUACUCAAUGAGGAAGCUGAAGCAAUUCUGGAGGAUGUUAGUCCUUCUCCUUUGCAACUUUUAGGUUAUGGUACGGUACUUAUUGCAGGUUUGUAUGCAUUAUCAGAGUGGGAGAAGACAUUACAGUUAAUUGGUGCAUUUGGCCUUAGUUUGACCAUCUAUCUCCGGGUUUCUUCAUAUGAAGACUCAGAAGACCUGAAUCAAGAUGUGAGGUUGUUGCUUGCUCCUGUUAAACUUGGAGCUCAAGCAUUUUCAUGGGCUGCUGGUAAAUUGGAAUCAAAUCGCAUAGGGCUACCUACGUCACCUUCAUCGUUAGAUGUUCAGAGCAGGGUGUUGCAGGCUGCUGCUAAACAUGAAUCCCAACCAUCUGAUAGUGAAGUUAACCAAGAUCCAGUUCCUGAAUCGACAGUUCCUCUCAAUCAGAAUGUGUGAUAUUAUUCCAGACUGUCUCAUGUGCUAACAUAAAAAGCAGAACUGAGAAUAGCAUGGUCAUAGCAAGUUAACUUACAUGACUGAAAAGUUUGCAAGUUGACAUGAUCCAAACUUUUCGAUAAACUAUGCUGCCUCAAAACUUUACUCUGCCUUGUUUGUAGGGAUUUCCAAAAAUAUAGAAAAAAGGUUUUACAAGGAUGAUUAUAAUGCCACAAGUUGCAUGCAUGGCACAAGUGGUAGCACAAUUUCCAUAGUCAAAAUAAUAAGAAUGUAAUUAUUAAAUAAAUAAUUGUUAUUUGCGUGAAAUAGUGCCAAUCAGGAGGUGUUAGCAAGGGUGAUUAGAAG